UCUCAUGCGGCGGGGUGCGUGUUUCCGGAAGACGUGGCCGCCGCCGCCGGUUCCGCUGCCGCCCGUCCCGGUCCGAGUGCCGCCGCCACCAUGAUCUCCCUGUCCGACACGCAGAAGAUUGGAAUGGGACUAACAGGCUUUGGAGUGUUUUUCCUCUUCUUUGGAAUGAUACUCUUCUUUGACAAAGCUCUUUUGGCUAUUGGAAAUGUUUUAUUUGUGGCCGGCUUGUCUUUUGUUAUCGGUUUAGAAAGAACAUUUAGAUUCUUCUUUCAAAAACACAAAAUGAAAGCAACGGGCUUCUUCCUGGGUGGUGUGCUCAUAGUUCUCAUUGGUUGGCCUUUAAUAGGAAUGAUCCUGGAGAUUUAUGGGUUCUUCCUAUUGUUCAGGGGGUUCUUUCCUGUGGUGGUUGGCUUUAUUAGAAGAGUUCCAGUUCUUGGAUAUCUCUUGAAUUUACCUGGUAUAAGCUCGCCUACGUAGGCUCAGAAGAGAAUCCACAGUAAUGCUUGUAGAUAAAGUUGGAGAAAGCAACAACAUGGUAUAAUGACAAGAGGGUGGAAGACUGAUCUAAACUUUUACUGUAUUAUUUAUAAAAUCCCUUUGAAGAAUACUCAGCACAAAGAUUAAGUUGUGUACAAAGGAAAAAGCUUGUUACAUUCUUUACAUAACAGUUUUAAUUUAAAAUGUAUAGUCAACAAUAUACACUAGAAAAGAAGCUCAGCAAGUAUGCUUCUAGGAAAGUAACUCCAGAGUUUGGGAAGUAAACUGAAGAGGGGAAAGUCAUUGAAUAACCCAUGUUACAACCGUUCAAGACUAUUUUUGUUAGUUUUGGAAAACAUGCUAGAGACAACAAACCCAUGUGGAAUUAAUGGUGCCUGUUCUUUACCUCCUUAUUUUGAAGGUGCAGUAGAGCAAACAGGCCUACAUUUUAAAGGGUGACCCAAAUUUACCCAACCCUCUGCUUGCUAUCCUCAGAGUGCAAAAAAUCAAACAGGAACUUCUUGUGUAACAAGAGAUGCAUCUUUGCAUGAAGGUAAAGAUGACUAUUCAUCUAUAAGUGUAUUUUGACAAUAAAAAGGAAACCCUACACAGUUCUGUUGUAAACAUUUUUGUAAAUAUGUGGCUGAAAUACAGCAUUGUUAUCUUAAUGUUUCAAAGCCAAAUGUUAGUUGAUUGUAUUUGCCUUCCAUUUUGGAAUAUGCAAAAGGUCAAUCUUUAAUAACUUUGGUCUUAAGUGUUGGUUCUGAACAUGCAGAGCUCAGUGGGGAACUCUGGAAGCUGACUUGCAGUCCUUCCAGGUUGUUCUCCUUAAGUCGUGUUCCAUGUGCAUCCUGAUGAGAAUGUAGCCCCUUGUUACUAAUGUGAAAACUCUGUGAAAUACGCUCAGUUCACAAAAAAACUGCAUUAGGGUGAGGUGCUGAUGUGAACCCUGUGACAUGUAACUUAAUUUGAAAUUUGGAGCUUUGUUUUUAAACAGUUUGAAACUAAGCUUUCUUUGUUUACUCUGGAACUAUAAAUUAACUUUUCUUUUUUUACGGUAAUAAAAUGGAAACUUAAAGUUCUGUGUACAUGAGUCUCUGGGGAGAAAACUGGUGAGUGCCUGGGGCUGAGUAAAGAUCAAGUGCCAAUCUCCAUGUGUUUAUAACUUGUUACUGGGUUAUCUGGUUAUCUUCAGACAACUCCUGGUUACAGCAGCAGCGUUGUUGUUAUUGAGGAUUCUUGGCUAACCUAGAAUAAAUGUCCCCUCCUAAUGCACAGGUCACAUUUCUGCUUCUGUUGGAAUGUUAAAUGUUGUGCACUUUUCAAUAGUCUUAGUUACAGUGUCCUCACCUAACAAACUGUGCUUGUUCAGUGAAUUGUGUUUGUGCAGAUGUGGGGGGGAGUUCUGUUGUGUUUAAUUUUCUUUUCCCUUUCAUGUAAUCCUGAAACAAUUACCCAAUGUAGUAUUAAAAGUAGCUAUAUAGCCUAAAGGUCUAAUGACUGGUUUGGUUUAUUUUUUUUUCUUUAUUAUGCAGUUAAAAUUGGACUUUUCUAAUAUAAGUUUUAAGUUUAAAAAAUCCUCAUAUACCAACCCUUUUGAAAGUUGCUCUGAAGUUUAUUUGUAUAAAACGGGUUUUUUUCAUUGCAACUGUAUAAAUAGCCACAAUCUACUAUUAUCAAUAUUUAAUUUGCUUCCUUCUAAAACGAGUACAAAAUGAUUCAGAAAAACAACAAAACUUAUUUUGCAGUCAGUAACAUCUGAAAAAUCAGUGGGUUUCUUUUAUAAAUGGCUAUAUUUGCUUGAUGGCAUGUGCAUUGCAGUUUAGAGACAGGAGUAAAUAUGAUUUGUUGGCUCUACCUCAAGAGAUAAACCAUUUUAGAUAACCAAAUUUUAACUGCUCCUAUAGCUCUGUUGUGUGUUACAAUGACUAGAGAAUAACAAUACAGCAGUGUAGCAAACUUGUUCUGUUUGCUGUGCUAGGGCACUAGGCAGUGCUGUGGGAACCAAGUGCUGUCUAAAGUGUUCAUCAGACAGUGUUCAUCAUUUACCAUAGAAAUCAGCUACCUGAAGGUUUUUGUUCUUCUGUCUUGAAAAAUAAUGUGAUGGAAAAGGUGGACUGCGCCACAUGACUGUGGAUCUCUAGCUGCAGCAACUUGCUUGGUAAGCUGAAGUACCUUCAUCAACAAGAAAUUAUGAAUUAUGUCUUUUGGAGGUGGUUAAUGUGUUGCUGUGGAUGAUCUUUUGCCUCUCUGGGCAGCUGGGGUAUAGGCAGGUCAUCUCAUUUAUAUUUAAUUAAUUGUUUUAAAUCAAAAGUCAAUUUUUUGUCACAUGUGAACUGUUGUGGAAAGCAUCUGAGGGGACAGAAUUGUAUGUUGAAUUUAGCAUAGUCUAUCCCUCAAGGUAACAUUGUUUUUGAGACAGUUUUGCCCAGAUAAAUGUGGGUGGCAGCAAAGGUCAAAACAACUUAGCCUUAAAGUGUUUCUGUCCUUGUAAAAAUAUCUCUAACAGAAACAUGCUUGGAAUGUUUCCCCUUUAAAAUGUAAUUUAUAAUUGCUGCUUUAAACUCAUAAGGAUGGAUCUUAUUCUGAGUAAAUGAAUACUGUAAAUAUCCUUGUCAUACCUUGAAUAAAUGGUAAACUUUUUCUAUAA